AUGCAAGAGAGCCAUUGUCUUGAGCGGAACCUACUUCGAUGGAUUGUUCAGGAUAAGCAAGCUUUUACUAUCCUAGAAUCUGAGGCUUUCCAGCAAGUCUUUGAAGAUAUCCUAGGGGUUUCUUUGCCAUUUACCUCUCGAGCUACUGUAGUUCAACGACUACAGGAUCAAUUCGAAAUUCAACGAUUAGGAUUGAAGGACAGCUUGGCUAAUACAUGCAAAACAAUUGCAUUCUCCAUUGAUUGGAGGAGCCAAAACCACUACCCUAUUCUUGGUAUUAUAGGCCACUGGCUCAGAGAGGAUUUCUACUAUCGUGAGGAGGUUCUUGAAUUCGGCCAAAUCUUUGGACCUCAUAUAGGGGAGAAUAUUGCUGCCACGGUCUAUCAAACCUUGGUAGAAUCAGAUCUCAUAUCAAAAUUGACUACAAUCACUGGGGAUAAUGCCUCAAAUAUUCAAGAGAUGGUUUCUAAGCUUCAUUUUACUUUGGAAGAGAUAUCUUUGCAACUAAUUCGAUUCCGUGGAGUUGAUAGCUAUAUUCGCUGUCUAGCUCAUAUCCUGAACUUGAUUGUUAAAGCUAUCCUUCGAUCCUUGAAAUCUGGAAGUGUUUUAGAAGCUAAUGAGAUUUAUGAGAAUCUACAAUUGAGGAAUUCUCAAUCAGGGAAUUCUCUAUCGAUCUCCUCCAAUCAGCAUUGUCUAGGCUCCAGAUUCUCGCUAUUUGGAUUUCUCGCAGUCCUCAACGGAGACAGGAAUGGAAUUUGA